CAGGAAGCUUAUCUGGGUCAACUACGCACCAUGGGCAGCUGGUUUGUGUACCUUUUCUGUGCACUGAUGUGUGCCACUGGACUCAUGUACAGCUACGGCCAUGUCCAAACAGAGGAGUACAAAACAAAAAAUCUACCUUAUUAUUCCACAGGGGAGGACAGCAAUGAGAAGCAACUGAUCAACGAUUUGCAUGAAGUUUUGGAGAGGCUUCAAAACAAUCAAAUUCCAACUCUGAGGAAAAAGCAUGGCUUUCUGCCUCUGUGCGAUCCAGGGGACCAGUGUGCUCUGAGGAAAGGCUCCAGGAUUGGGAAACUUUGUGACUGCUCCCUGCCAAGAACGUGCAACUCUUUUCUACAUCGUUGUUUGUGA